CCCACGGAGCAAUUCGCCUUGACGCGCCUGCGUCAUGGUUCUUUCUCCAUACGGGUCCUGGAGCUGUAUUUGUUUUCUUAAGAGGGCAGGGGGCGAGGCUGGCUUUGUCUUCCCCGCUUGAGGAAGUCGCGCGGUCGGUUCUGUUGCCUCAGAGAAGCGUUCUGGGGGCGGCGGAGGAUAUUCACACCACUUAAAUAUGUCUGGAUUCUUUGAGAGCAUGAGGUGCUCAGAGUGCAUUGAUUGGGGAGAAAAGAGGAAUACAAUUGCUUCUGUUUCUGCUGGGUUAUUGUUUUUUACAGGAUGGUGGAUUAUUAUAGAUGCUGCUGUCAAAUACCCCAAAAUGGAAGAUUUCAAUCAUUCAUACCAUGCUUGUGGAGUUAUAGCUACUACUGCAUUCCUCAUGAUCAAUGCUGUAUCCAAUGGACAAGUCCGUGGGGACAGUUACAGUGAAGGCUGCCUUGGGCAAACAGGGGCUCGCAUCUGGCUGUUCAUUGGCUUUAUGUUGGCAUUUGGAUCGCUGAUUGCAUCUAUGUGGAUCCUCUUUGGCGGCUAUGUUAUUAAAGAAAAACAAGAAGUAUACCCAGGAAUAGCAGUCUUCUUCCAAAACGCAUUCAUCUUUUUUGGAGGUCUGGUGUUUAAGUUCGGCCGCACCGAAGAUUUGUGGCAGUAAGUGAGAGAGUCUAACUAUUUUUGAGCACAUACUCCCAUUUUAUAAAAAGCUUGUGCUCUAGUGACCAGUGAAGAUGAAAACUGUCUGCACUUUAAAAAUCAUGAGAAACAUUUCCAUUUCCCCCCGUCUGUCUUUUAAAACGGCUUUCUAUUCUUGGCUCUUGACUUUUCAAUAUUGUAUCAUGUGAUUAAAAGUGACAAGGAAAGGGGUCACAUUAUGAAGCCCUUUCACUUUUUUAAAAUAAAUUAAUACUAAACGACA